GGAGUGAGGAAGAGGGCUGGGUCGGAAAAAAAAAAAAAGCUGAGAACGACAUCAAACCUUGCAGAAGAAGCAACAAAAAGACCCAACCUUUUACCUCCACCUUCAGCCCUUUUUUUUAAAAUUCAACCAGAGGUACACCCACACAUAUCCUGUCGAGAUGUCGCGCUGGGGGCGUAAGAACGUGAAGAAGGCGCCGGAGGUGAUCCGCACGGUGACCGAAGGUCUGAAGUCGCUGUACCGCAAAAAACUGCUGCCGCUGGAGCAGUACUACGGCUUCCACGACUUCCACUCGCUCAGCCUGGAGGAUGCUGACUUCGACAACAAGCCCAUGGUCCUGGUGGUGGGCCAGUAUUCCACCGGGAAGACCACCUUCAUCAAAUACUUGCUGGAGCAGGAGAUUCCCGGCAGCCGCGUAGGACCCGAACCCACCACCGACUGCUUCACUGCCAUCAUGCACGGCGAAGUGGAGAACGUCAUUCCCGGGAACGCCCUCAUCGUGGAUCCCAACAAACCCUUCCGGAAGCUCAACCCCUUUGGGAACACCUUCCUCAACAGGUUCCAGUGCGCCCAGAUGUCCAAUCAGGUGCUAGAGAGCAUCAGCAUCAUUGACACGCCCGGAAUCCUCUCAGGAGCCAAGCAGAGAGUGAGCCGAGGCUACGACUUUCCCGCCGUGCUGCGCUGGUUUGCCGAGCGCGUAGACCGCAUCAUCUUGCUCUUUGACGCCCACAAGCUGGAGAUCUCGGAUGAGUUCUCGGAGGCCAUCGGCGCGCUGAAAGGCAACGAGGACAAGCUGCGGGUGGUCCUCAACAAGGCCGACAUGGUGGGCACCCAGCAGCUCAUGAGGGUCUACGGCGCCCUUAUGUGGUCCCUGGGCAAGGUGUUCGGCACACCUGAGGUUCUGAGGGUCUACAUCGGCUCCUUCUGGUCCGAGCCCCUCAUGGUGUCAGACAACCGCAAGCUGUUUGAGCUGGAGGAGAAGGAUCUGUUUGCCGACAUCCAGAACCUUCCUCGUCACGCGGCUCUACGCAAGCUCAAUGACCUGGUGAAGAGGGCACGCCUGGUCCGGGUGCACGCUCACAUCAUCAGCUACCUGAAGCAAGAGAUGCCGUCGGUGUUCAGGAAGGACAACAAGAAGAAGAACCUCAUCUACCAGUUGCCCGUCAUCUUUUCAAAGAUACAACUGCAGCACAACAUCUCUGCCGGAGACUUCCCCGACUGCGCCAAGAUGCAGGAGCAACUGAUGGUCCACGACUUCACCAAGUUCAAAACCCUGAAGCCCAACCUGAUGGCGGCCCUGGACGAGCUGCUGUCGGUGGACAUCGCCAAGUUGAUGCCACUUCUGCGCCAGGAGGAGCUGGAGGCCGGCGAGCAGCCCGGCGUGGAGGGAGGCGCUUUCCUGGGCACCCGCGCCGGACCCUUCGGCGAAGGUGACCCAUUUACCAACGAGGACGACGAGGCUGACGAUGGCUGUGAGGACGAGCCAGACAAGUGGGUGGUGACCAAGGACAAGCCCAAGUACGACGAGAUCUUCUACAACCUGGCGCCCAACGAGGGCAAGCUGAGCGGCACCAAGGUCAAGCACUGGAUGGUCAGCUCUCGUCUGCCCAACUCCGUGCUGGGCCGCAUCUGGAAGCUGUCCGACGUGGACCGCGAUGGCAUGCUGGAUGAGGAGGAGUUCGCCUUGGCCAGCCACCUGAUCGAAGUCAAGCUGGAGGGCCACGGUCUGCCCCCGGAGUUGCCCAGCCGCCUGGUGCCACCCUCCAAGCGCAGGCAGAAAGGCUCUGACGUGUGUAUCGACUGAUGGGUGAUGGAUGCAUGAAUGCAUGGAUGGAUGGAUGGAUGAAUGAACUUAUCAAUAGAUAAACCAAUAGAUGACAUCUAGACGGAUGGAUACAGUAUUCCCCAGCUACUCGUGCGGGACAGGGACAGUUCAGAUCUGUUUCUUCAGGAUAUUUCCUUUAUGCCAAUUACUACCUGUGAGGCAAUUAAUGUUGGCUGAAUGGUUGGAUAUAGAAUGGAUGAAUUUAUCAGUGGAUAGGCCGAUGGAUGACAGCUCGACAUAUGGACGGAUACAGUAAUUUGUGUGGGAUAGGGACAGUUGAAAUGUCUUUGUAGUACAUACUUUCCUCUUAGCUGGGCUAUGGUGCCAACUUGUUGUGUCUUAGGCCAUUAUAGAUACAGAACAAAAAUGGGAUAUCGGAAAAAAACGCAGUGGGGUAAAUUUGCAAAUAGUCAGUGGGGAUUACUGUAAUGGUCUAUAUUAAUAGUCUAAUCUGUAAAUAUUCCACAAACUGAAAAUGCAAAAUCCUUUAACUCAUUUAUUGCCAGCGCCUUAAAAUUUUAUUUUUGACGUCUAUAGCUAUCAAUGGCAGUCAAAGAGCUAAUGUUCUACGCUCAUCUUAUAAUACUGCCUAUGUAAGUAGAUGGUUUACGGAUGAUUUUAUUUCAAAAAGGCCGAUACGCAAAUAUCUUAAAAACUUGUCAGUACUUCACAGUACUUCCUUGAUACCAAUUACAAUUUCCCAUUUAUCUGAGCUUUGGCACCAUCUUGUGGCAUCUCAUAAAAAUGUGUCAAAGACCACAAAUUAGGGAGGAUUUGAGAAUAACUAUAGCUAGUUUAAAAACAACGUGAGUAAGGGAUUUUGCGAAUA